UCAACUGAAGAAACUGAAGGAUUUAGAGAGAGAAAAAGGGACAGCCAAGGAGGAGAAUAGAAGUUCAUACAGAUUGGUUACCAACAGUUUUGAAGUUUUUUUUUUUUUUUUAAAUUAGAGCUUUGGAGCAUCAAGGUACGAGCUUUUUCGGACAAUUCUUUUUGGUCUUCAAAAGAGAAAGAAGGUAGAUUUUUUAUUUUUGUUCCUUCUAAAGUGGGGUUUUUUGGGGAUCAGAUUUUCAUUACAUGUAAAAAGAUACAUGUAUUAAGAGUAGAGAGAAAGGGGGAGAGAGAGAGAAAAUAGAAUGUUUUGAUGAUUGGGUUUAGAGUUAGACCUCCAUGAGCGAUGGUGGAUCAGCGUAGCAUAGGAGUAUAUAUCUUGUUGUUGUUGCUGUUAUUUGAGUUUACAUUUGAGCAACAAGUGCAGCAGCCGCGGCUGAGUUCAGGCAUCGAGUUCGCAGCUUUGUUUGAACUCAGAUCCUCUUUGGGUCUUAGAAGCAGAGAUUGGCCUAGAAAAGUUGACCCUUGUACCAGUUGGAACGGUAUAAGAUGUGAAAAUGGCAGUGUUACUUCCAUUAACAUUUCUGGGUUUAGAAGAACAAGGCUUGGCAGACAAAACCCGCGGUUUGCCGUCGAUUCGCUUGCGAAUUUUACGCGUCUGGUUUCGUUUAAUGCCUCUAAAUUCUUGCUCCCUGGUUCUAUCCCGGAUUGGUUUGGCCAAAGGUUGUUGACAUUGCAAGUGUUGGAUCUCAGGUCUUGUAAUGUCUCGGGUGUUAUACCUUUGAGUAUUAGUAAUUUGACUAAUUUAACUAGUCUGUAUUUGUCGGAUAAUAGGCUGACCGGGUGGAUUCCUUCGACUUUGGGUGGAUUGUUAAGCCUUUUAGUUCUUGAUCUUUCGAAGAAUUCGCUUACUGGAUCUAUUCCAUCAUCACUUUUUUCACUAAGGAAUUUAACAGGUCUUGACAUUGCCUCGAAUAAUUUAACGGGGUCAAUUCCUCCUGGCGUUGGAUCCCUUUCAAUGCUACAAAGUUUGAAUCUUUCGAGCAAUCGUUUAACGUCUUCAAUACCUGCGCAACUCGGGGAUCUUGAUAGCUUGGUUGACCUUGAUCUCAGCAGCAAUGGUUUGUCAGGGUCUGUGCCACUAGAUCUUAGAAGGCUAAGGAAUUUGCGGAGAAUGGUCUUCGGGAAUAAUGGUCUCAGAGGGGCACUGCCGGUCGGGUUGUUCCCUCCCCCAAGUCAGUUGCGGGUUAUAGUUCUGAAGAACAAUAGUUUCAAUGGCAACAUUCCUGAAGUAUUAUGGUCAAUACCUGAGUUGAACCUGCUGGAUAUCUCUCACAAUAAUUUCACAGGGCAGCUUCCUAAUUCUACUUUGAAUGAUAAUGCCACUUCUGCCAUACUUAACAUUUCCCAGAACAAGUUUUAUGGAGGUCUUACCACAGUGCUUCGAAGGUUUAACUUUACUGACUUGUCUGGAAACUAUUUUGAAGGCACAGUUCCGGACUAUGUGCAGGACAAUGCAGUUCUUAGUACUAACUGUCUCCAAAAUGUGUCAAGACAGAGGACUUUGACGCAGUGUGCAUCAUUCUAUGCCGAGAGGGGCCUGAGUUUUGAUAAUUUUGGGCGCCCAAAUUCCACAGAACCACCUGCACCCGAAAGAGGAGGCAGCAACAGAAGGACAAUCAUAUUGGCUGCAGUCUUAGGAGGAGCUGGGCUUGUUGCUUUACUAAUCCUGUUCCUAUUUCUGGUCCUAUGUCUCUGUAAAAGGAGGAGCACAAGGAAUCAUAGAGGGAUUGACGUGGGAGCAGUUGCUGAUAGAGAAACACCUCCUUCACCCGGAGUAGAAAUUAAUUUUUCGAGUCUAGGUGAUUUAUUUACCUUCCAGCAGCUUCUUGAAGCCACUGGUGAUUUUAAUGAUGCAAACCUCAUCAAGCAUGGCCAUUCUGGUGAUCUCUUCAGGGGUACCUUAGAAGGCGGGCUUCCUGUCGUCAUUAAAAGGAUUGAUUUGCAGUCUAUCAAAAAGGAAGCGUACCUUUCGGAAUUGGAGUUCUUUAGUAAAGUUUCACAUCCACGAAUUGUUCCCUUAUUGGGACAUUGUUUAGAGAGUGAGAACGAAAAAUUAUUGGUUUAUAAAUAUAUGCCAAAUGGGGACUUGUCAAGUUCCUUGUACAGGAAAAACAAUUCAGAAGAUGAUAGUUUGCAGUCAUUAGAUUGGAUAACGAGAUUGAAAAUUGCUAUAGGAGCAGCGGAAGGCCUAUCUUAUCUGCAUCAUGAAUGCACACCGUCCCUUGUCCACAGAGAUGUUCAAGCCACCAGUAUACUACUUGAUGAUAAAUUUGAAGUAAGACUGGGGAGCCUGACCGAGGUCUGCGCUCAUGAAGAUGGUCAUCAAAGUAGGAUCACGAGAUUACUGCGGUUGCCACAGUCAUCUGAACAAGGUUCUUUAGGUUCAUCUACAGCAAUAUGUGCCUACGAUGUUUACUGCUUUGGGAAAGUUUUACUUGGGUUGGUAACCGGUAAGAUGCACAUCGGUGUAUCGAGUGAUACCCAGAUGAAGGAAUGGUUAGAACAAACACUACUAUGCAUCAGUAUAUAUGAAAAGGAACUCGUGACGAAAAUUCUAGACCCGUCGCUUCUUGUGGACGAUGAUCUAUUGGAGGAAGUAUGGGCCAUGGCCAUUGUUGCGAGGUCUUGUCUUAAUUCGAAACCUUCAAGACGGCCGCCGAUGAGAUAUAUUCUAAAAGCUUUGGAAAAUCCUUUGAGGGUGGUUAGAGAAGAUACUUCAAGUUCAGCAAGGCUUAGAACAACCUCCUCGAGAGGAUCUUGGAAUGCUUCUUUCUUUGGUAGCUGGCGUCAAAGCUCUUCGGACGUAGCCGCUAAUCCUGCAGCCUGCACUACUAGAGCCGAAGGGGGAAAUAGUUUCAAACACUCAGGAACAACGGGUUCGCAGAGCAGCACUCAGAAUGGUGGAGGUGACCAUUCAUCCUCACGCAGGCGGCAUUCAAGGGAGAUAUUCCCCGAGCCACCGGCACCACAACGGGAUAUAGAACGACAGGAUCGCAACUAGCAGAGAGGUUAGAUUUGUUCAUACAAUUCUUUCUUAAUAAGACAGCAGGCUUCCCAUUCGAGUGCCUGCUCCGGUUGAGCACCUGGUGGAGCUUGCCAUAGGUAAAUAGGAUUUCCAAGGCGAUAUUUUGGUUUGAAUCGGAACAGCUCAGAUGAUGCACUAAUCUUCUUAAGAUGCUUAGAGUUGGUGCCGCGGACAGUGAAAGGGGUGCCAUUGACAAUUGCUGGUUCAUAUUUGUUUGACAGCUUGUUUCAGGGUAAAAACAAGCUACAAUUUUUUAUGUGAUUUGAUCUUGUGUUUGUGGUCCUUUUGUGAAAUGUAAAUUGUAUCAUUCUUAUCAGUUUUUCAGCCGUUCAGUA